ACGUGGGGAAGAAGAAAGACGCGAGGGAGAGAGAGAGAGAGAUAGCGCGUUUUGGUGUUACAAACAGAGCAUCGAUCGGAAAAAAGCCACAUAGAAGAGAAUGGCCACACAAGCGCAAGAUCCGCCUUCAAACCCUAACCCUAAUUCCAAUGCCACGUCAGCAACGCCAUCUUCUUCCUUUUAUAUGCGCUCCGCCGCCGGUAACGCCAUUUCCGCCGCUCCCAUCGCCGGCUCCGGCGAGCACUCGCACCACCGCAGGGCGCACUCCGAGGUCAAUUUCCGGCUGCCGGACGACAUAAUGGACCUGUCGCCGUCGGAUCCGUUCAACGGCGGAUCCUCCACGGCGAGCUUCGAGGAGAUCGGAUCCGAGGACGACCUCUUCUCCACCUACAUUGACGUCGAGAAGCUCGGCGGCGGCGCCAACGGCGGCGCUCGCGGCGGAAACGGAUCGGAUCAGUGCGGUUACGGAAACGGCGCUGGUACGAGCGGCCACAACGACGGCGAGAAGAGUCCGAGCGCGCGGCCGAGACACCGGCACAGUAGCUCCGUCGACGGUUCCACGUCGACGAGCAUGUUCGGAGAGAUCAUGGAGGCGAAGAAAGCCAUGCCUCCUGAUAAGCUCGCGGAGCUUUGGAACAUUGAUCCCAAGCGUGCCAAGAGAAUACUGGCUAAUCGGCAAUCUGCUGCGCGUUCAAAAGAAAGAAAGGCACGCUAUAUACAAGAACUUGAGCGCAAAGUUCAGACCCUUCAGACUGAAGCCACAACACUUUCUGCCCAACUCACUUUGUACCAGAGGGAUACAACUGGUCUAAGUUCUGAAAAUACCGAGCUUAAGCUUCGUCUACAAGCCAUGGAACAACAAGCACAGCUUCGUGAUGCCCUUAAUGAUGCAUUGAUGAAGGAAGUUGAGAGGCUUAAGAUUGCUACUGGCGAGGCAUUGAACCACUCCGAGUCUUUCAAUCUAGGAAUGCACCAAAUGCCAUUUCCAGGGUCAACUUUCUUUUCAAUCCCGCCACAUUCAGGUCCUCCUGGUCACCAGAACAUUCAGUUGCCUCCAUUUGGCCACUCCCCAAGUAGCGUGUCAACUCAUCAGCUGCAACAAACAAAUUCUCACCAAAUCUCAGAUAUAUUGCAAAACGACCAACUUGGUCGUUUGCAGGGACUUGACAUUAGUAGCAAAGGAUCACCCAUGGUGAAGUCUGAAGGCCCCUCAAUAUCUGCAAACGAGAGUAGCUCUACAUUUUGAAUUUGAAUUUGACCUAAAUUGCUUGACCUUCUGACUUCCUCCGUGGCAUUCCCUUCUCUUCAAUUGUCUAUAGUGUUGACAUGUAGUCUAAAGAAGGUGCUCUGUUUCAUUAAAUAGUCCUUUCAGAUUAAGGGUUAAUUAUUAAUUGUUUAUUCUUAGGGAUGGUCCCCAAAAAGGGGAAGCACCCUUGGGGUUUUGUCGCAAAAGUUCACGCAGUCAUCUUGAAGCGUGGCGUUUUGGUGUUUGUGGGUUUUAGAUCAGUGGGAAUGAAAGGUCAUUCUCACGAUAUCUUUCUUUGUGGGGGAUCUUUAUCGAUGCCGCUUCGGUCAUUUGUAUCAUCAUUUACGUGAUAACUUGUAAACUGUGAUUUGUUGUUGUGUUUCAUUUCAAGGAUUUGUAAGAUGAAUUAUCAAAAACAAGAAAAAGCACGUGUAAGAUGGACUUUUAUAAAAUGUCUUAUUAUUGUAGUUUUAGAUUUA